AUGGAGAAUCGCCGGAACCUGGUAGUCCGCAGCGAUGGCGAUUCACCCGCCGCUGCUGGGAGCUCUACGAAAAAGCGGUCCUCAGACAUUGGGAGCGAGCCAUCUGCCAGCCGACGACGGACGCGCGACCCGUCUCCACAGCGAGACGACGCAGUCGAUGCCGACGAGUAUGACCCGGAUCAGUCCAUGCAGGAGCGCAGGGCCAUUCAGCAGAGAUUGCGUGAGAUGCAAAUGAGGAUGCGCGAAAACCCCGAUGAGUUCGUGCAGUCGGAUCCGAAGGCGCUGCUCGACUACCUCAACCAGUCAGACCGCAUCAUCCGAAACGUCAAGCAAACUGCAGAAGCUGCGAUUGACUCGCGGGGCCUGGUGAUUGCCGCUGAUCUUUCAGCCCGCCGUGCCCAGCGUUUGACGGCGGGGAAUGUCGGAAAUGGCAUUGAUGUCGACGAAUUUGUCUCGAAAUGUAUUACCUACAUGCUUCAGGGCCGUGGGAUUGAUGACGACGAGGCCGUGGAGCUGUCCAGCACACAGAGGAGGCGGCGCCAGCCCAACCGUGGCGUUCUCGGCAGCGACGACGAGGAGGAGAUUGGAGAUGACGGCGACAUGAUGAAUUGGGCCCAUCUCGGUCGCUUCGCUUGCCUUCCUGCUGUUCGCAGACCCGGCCUUCCUGGCUUUCUCCUUGGCCCGCUGUCAAUCGAGAAGAAGGCCCGUAAGAUUACCAAGAAAGCGGCACCUUUCAAGGUUAACAGCCUUCGGGAGGUUAGACCGCAGGAGCUAAACCCUGAGGACCUCAAGAAAUCGGACAAGAACGAUCUGCCUUCGAUCUGCGGGAAUAUUCUUAAGCAGCUACAGAAGGCUCAGCAGGUAGGGCAGGAUUCAGUUGAGGACGAAUACGACCGCCUUGACGAAGACGAUGAGGUCGCCCAGAGGGCGCUGAUGGAUCGCUACGCGCUACGGUCUACGGGCGGUAUUGACCUUCUUCGAUUUGUUGUCAAUCCCUAUUCCUUUGGCCAAACCGUGGAAAAUAUGUUCUACAUCAGUUUCUUGAUUCGAGAGGGUAGUGUCAAGCUGGAGUUCGACAAGGACGGCCUCCCAGCGAUAGAACCUAUGCGCAAAAGCUCUUCGCCAGAAACGUCCCGCGCAAAGGCACCCAUGAGACACCAAGCUAUUAUGUCAAUUGACAUGAAGACUUGGAGAGACAUUAUUGACGCCUACGAUAUAAGAAAGCCCAUGAUUGAAAACAGGCAGGAAGACGAGCAGCAAGGGCCAGGCGCACGGGGUUGGUACAGCUGA